AUGUCCAAGGCUGACUGGUACUUGAAGGAGGGGCUCGGCGUGGAGGUGGAGAGCCUCGACCCCGGCAUCCACAAGGUCGUGAGGCUGAACUUCACGCCCAAGGGGGUGGGCCACGCGGGGGACGCGUAUUACCUGCAGACCAUGGAGAACUGCUGCGUCGGCUGCGGGGCCAGCGAGGACGUGAUACGGUACUCCAUUGUGCCGCCCGUGUUCCGCUCGCUGCUCCCGCUCCGCUUCAAGGAGCACUCGAGCCACGACAUCGUGCUCCUGUGCCCUGCCUGCUUCGCCCCGGCGUCAGAUGCAGCCCAGCGCCUCCGGCGCCGUCAUCUGGGCGAGUGCGGGCUCGAGGAGCCCCACGCCGCUCGCUACCGCGUCGACCAGGAGAGGAUGAAGGCGCGCAGCGCGGCCUUCGCCCUGAGGUGCCCCCGGCUGCCCGACGAGGUGCGCGCCGCGAAGGAGCGGGUCGUGCGCGAGUUCCUUGGUAGGUGCCCAGAGGACCCGGACCCGCUGUCGCAGGAGGACAUCGAGCAGGUGAGCGGGAUGGAGACGCGCAACCUCGUCGAGGGCUACGUCUCUCCGGAGGUAGCCUGUGCGGCCAGACUCGGGCUCCUGGAGCGCGCCGGCGCCGACGUGGAGGGCGGCGACCCCGCGGCGCUGGAGCGCAGGUGCUUCGAGUUCGUGGUUGGCUGGCGGCGCUGCUUCCUGGAGAGCGUCCAGCCGCGCCACCUCCCGAAGGCGUGGGACCUACACCGGAGCCUCCGGAAGCACGACGACCUCUUCGGGCCCGGCGUGGUCGCCGGGGGCACUGGCGCGUUGCCCGUGCCUCCAGACGCGGUGCACCAGAAAAGAGGGCGAGAAUAG